UUUUGCUGGGCCAUUUCUUUCUCAAGCCCAUGGCGUGCUGAAUCCACUUUGUCGUGAUGAAAGACGGCGUCUUCCAUUAGGGUUGACGUGAGUUCUUCCUGGCGUCUUAUCAUCUUUCAUCUUCUUCGUCGAGAUACCAGUAACCAUCACCCACGAUCUAGAUUCAAUGCGAGAUUUAUGUAAUCCAAGGCGAUGGAGUUGGACUAUAAAAAGUUAUGCUUUCCUCUUUUCAGAAACUACAUCUCAUUCGUUCUAAACUCACCAGUAAACAAAAGAUUGUGUGCUAUGGCUAACGUUUUGGUCCUCCUCUCUGAUCUGCAGACCGGCCGCUCUACCUCCACCGUUGAAGUUCGGUUGCUCCGCUUCAGGGAGGCCAGAAACAUCCGCCGUGGUGGAGAACUCAUGGGCAUCGACGUGCUCCUACUCGAUUCUCAGAUUAUAGGUGAACUGAACUGCGGGAGCAGUGGAGAUGUUAAUGCGGCAGAGGUGAGAUGCAGCCUAAAUAGAUUACAGGAUGUCCUUGUGGCAAGACCGAGCCAAAGAUGGAGGCGAUUCCAAUGUCUGCGGCGGUGACAUUAAGAUUAUCUCGGAUAACUGGAAGGACAGGUGGAGCAACGAAAGAGGAAUCAAAGCAACAUAGGAACUAAAACCAUAAGAAGUGGAAAGCUCGGAUUCAUUCACUGAAUCUUUCAGUAGCGGCUCCUCCUCUUGGACCUCCACCAGCACCAAGAUUAUAGUUAGCGACUGAAAGUGCAGCCAGUGUGAGGGAGCUUUCCAAAUACGGAGACACUAAAACAGCCCGGACCGUAAUGCUAGCAAAAGUAAAGAAACUAAUCGAAGCAACUCCUCUUUUUCGUGACAAAUUGACGUUCCCUGCAUUAAGAUCUACGAAACUGCGGACUCUCAUUAAUCAAAGGUGUGUUUCUUUUUUCCUCACGAUGAGUUCUCUUGCAGUUGAUUGGCAGCACCAGCUGUGCAAAACUCCUAGGCCAGACCCAGAUAUUAAAACGCUAUUCACAGACCACACAUGCGCAGUUCCGAAUGGUCCUCUGGCACCUUCAUCAGUCAAUCCGCCUGUUACAACUUUGACAAAGCCAACAGCUUUUCCGUCACUUGGAGCUCAUGGUCCCUUUCCUCCUGGCACUGCAAUUGCUGCUGCUAAUUCUGCCAACUGGCCCGGUUUACCGAAAGUCUGUUCAUGCUUGGGAAAAAGAUUUAUGUGCGAAGGUUGGUUCAGUUCCAUUGUCCAAAGUUGUAGAAGAAGAGCUGUAUAUGCUUCUAUACGUUUGAGUGGUCCAGUGUGUGAGAAAACGCAUUCAAGAAAGCUAAAUCGUGUAUUGGGCAGAGAUAAAUGGAACUUCAUGUGUACAUAUUUCUGAUCUUGAUUUCUACGUUGAUGAUGUUAAUUGGGGUGCUGAAGACUGAAGUUGACACCGGAGAAAUCAUGGGAUUAUGACCAGCAUUUUCAUGGAUGGAGUCAGUUUCAAAACAGGAACUUGGGUUCAUGAGAAGAAUAAUGACAACAGAAGCUACAACAACUAAAAAAUUGGGAACUGGAGCAGUAAGGAUCA